AUGUUGAAGGGAGCAACUAAUAUUCUUACUGGUGGCCGUUCAAACAAGGCAUCGUUGAUUUCAAAACCAGCGACGGACAACCAUAGUACUCCUCUCCCGACGAAUACUACAAGUUCUAAUGGCACUGUAACUCCCGUAUCAACUCCAGCAUCGCCUGCUCUCACCACCACCAACAGUAGUAAUCACUCCCCAUCAUCGCUCUCAUCUCUUGAAACAAACAACAUCUCCUACCCAAUCGACACCUCGCUCCCGAAUAAAGGUCGAGUAUGGGUCAAGGUUGUAGAAGCUAGAGGUCUUCUAGUACAUCACCCUAACUCUCGUCCAUACUGUGUUGUCGAAUUCGAACGGAACGACUUUGUUACUCGAGAAGCUCUACCUAGUCCUCCUGUCUCGAUCAAUGGUCUAGCUCCGCCAGUAUCGCAGCAACGACAACACCAGCAGCAGCAACAGCAACAGGAGCUACGAUCGGUCUCUAGCACGGACUCGCUCCUUAUACGGCUAGCUACCCCACCACCAGAUCCUUUAAAUGACGUGGUAGAAGCAAAGGGUCCUACCUCCGCGAGUCCUACCUCUAGCAAUACGGCAACUCUAGAUGAUACAUUAGAUUCCGAUAUAGGAGACGUCAUCAUAGAUCCAACUUGGAAACACGAAGCUACAUUCGACGUGACUCGCCCAGAUGGAGAACUGACUCUCAGUAUAUGGGAUCGAACGGGGUCACCAACAGACGAAGGAGAACGAUUUUUGGGUCAAAUGAAGAUACGACCACCUAGAAUCGAUGGUAAACUCAUUGAUAACUGGUUUCGAUUGGCUCCUCGACAAUGGAAAGAGAAGGUUAAGGGAGAUAUUCGCUUGCAAAUCAUGUACAAGACCGUCGCGAUGAAACCACUCAAUGCGGACGAUUUCGAACUGCUCAAAGUCGUUGGUAAAGGUAGCUUUGGUAAAGUCUUACAAGUUAGGAAGAAAGACACAAGUCGUAUCUACGCCAUGAAAGUCCUAGUAAAGAAGGACAUUAUAGAACGGCAAGAAAUUGCUCAUACAUUGUCAGAACGUAACGUGCUGAUACGAGCUAGCUCACCAUUCUUGGUGGGAUUGAAAUUCUCCUUUCAAACACCCGAAAAACUGUAUCUAGUAUUGGAUUACAUGAAUGGUGGAGAGCUAUUUUAUCAUUUGCAGAAGGAGACGGCCUUUUCGGAAGAAAGAGCCAAGUUCUAUACUGCUGAACUGACUUCAGCACUUCAACAUUUACACAAGUACAAUAUUGUGUAUAGAGAUUUGAAGCCAGAGAACAUUUUGCUUGAUUCGAAUGGACAUAUAGCUUUGACGGAUUUCGGAUUAUGUAAAGAGAAUCUGACCUUCAACGAUACCACGAACACCUUUUGUGGAACCGCCGAGUAUCUAGCUCCUGAAGUCUUGACCGGCCAAGGAUAUGGAAAGGCUGUGGAUUGGUGGUCAUUGGGAAUACUUUUCUACGAAAUGACAACUGGACUGCCACCCUUCUACUCUGAAAACACAAACCUCAUGUAUAAAAAGAUCCUUCACAACCAACUGAUCUUCCCACCUGGCUUCUCAGACAAGGCACAGAACUUUGUUCGAGGGUUACUGGAACGAGAUCCGAGACGGCGACUCGGUGGUAGUCCCGAAGAUGCCGACCAAGUAAUGAGACACCCAUUCUUUGCCGACAUAGAAUGGGACAAGAUGCUACGUAAACACGUCCGACCACCGUUUAAACCCAAAGUCCUGUCAGAAGUCGAUACAUCGAAUUUCGAUCCAGUCUUUACAGACACCAUACCGAUCGAUUCCAUACCCAAUAGCGCUUCAGGACCAUUAUCUGAUACCCUGCAAGAUCAUUUCAGGGGAUUUACCUAUACCGAUUCGAGUCAGUAUUUAGGUGCUGAUCAUGGGUCUUUUAAGAUGGGUUCGAAGUUGGGGGGAAGUAUGUUGGAUGACUUUGAUGAUAACUAG